UCUAUGCAGUUGGGCGUGCACCCAGUUUGGAGUCGGGUGUAAUUAGCGGCUGAGCGUUAAAAAUGCAAAUCAAGAACUAUUUAAAAGGCGCUUUUCAAUGGAAAGCGUUUGGACUGGCGUUGCUGAUUUUCAACUUGACCGAGCGUUUGAUAUUUGCCCAAGAUUCGGAUAUAGUCAGCUCUUGCACCCGGUACAAGAAGAGCGUCUUUGAUCUAGAGGAUGGCUACAGUUUUUUAGUGCAUGACGCGCCUAUCAUCAAUAAGACCUUCGACACGUGCCACAGUUACACGCCACUGAUAUCCGGUGGCCAGAAUGCGGAACCAAAGGAAUUCCCGCAUAUGGCGCGCUUGGGUAAUCGCAACAGCGACAAUAACACUAGCUGGUUCUGUGGAGGCACUUUGAUAAGCAAUCGCCUGGUGCUCACUGCAGCUCACUGCCUCUACUCGCCAAGCGGUCCGGUCAAUGUAGUGCGCCUGGGAGAGCUGGACUUUGACAGCGACAAGGAUGAUGCACAGCCCGAAGACUUUGGUGUGCGCAACACGACAGAGCAUCCGAGCUACAAGUACCCAAUAAUGUAUAAUGAUAUAGCUCUCAUUGAAUUGGAUCGUGGAGUGCGUUUCAGCGUAUAUAAGCAUCCCGCCUGCCUGCCCUUCAAUGAUGGCAAUCGCUAUGACAGCUUCAUUGCCACCGGCUGGGGUCAGACCACAUUUGCCGGCACGGAUUCCAGCAAAUUGAGAAAGGCAAAGCUCGAAGGGUUUCAUUUGAAAUGUCCAGAGAUUGACGAUAUUAAUAACCUGCCCAAUGGUUUUAAUGCGAGCACACAGAUGUGCAUUGGCUCCACUGACACCAACGAUACCUGCACCGGUGACUCUGGCGGUCCGGUGUUGAUCUAUCAUGAGGAGUAUCCGUGCAUGCAUCAUGUCAUGGGUAUCACUUCAAUAGGAUUUGGCUGCGGCACGCCCAACAUGCCGAGUCUAUAUACGCGUGUGCAUACCUACUUGGAUUGGAUUAAGCAGACAAUUGAAAAUAUUUCUUGAGAUUCGUGGAAACAAGAUAGCUUAACCGGGAUUUCAACAUUUUAAUUAACAAUUCAAUUGAAUCGAUACUGGGAAUAAUUAAAUU